GUCGCACAUCUGAAGAAGAAGAAGAAGAAGAAGCAUGGCUGAUCUGUUAAUCUGACCAUAAACGUUAAAACGCAUAAUUUUAAAGUUUAGUCUUGCCUUGACCCCUGACCUCUGACCCCUGGGUCAGUGAUGACGCAGCAGGACAAGCGCAGACGUUCAGCUCCUCACAGCACUGUGGAGCAGGUCAGUCUCUGUGUCUGUCCGUCCUCUGUCCAUCACUUGGUCUUCAGUCAGGAGUGUGUGUGGGCUCAGCUGUUGGUGAGAUGUGUGUUUGGAGUGAUCAGUGGAGCAGGCUUGUUUCUGGGCGUCUCUCACAGUCUCCCUUUGACCUUUGACCUGAGGUUGGCAGUAGGAAGUGUGUUUGUUGGUGUGUGUGUUGUCUGCGGGGCCUUGUCCUCCUCCUUCAGGUGUUCAGUCCUCCUCAUGUUUCCCAGCAUGCUCGGCUCCCGUGGUCGAGCAUACCUGUUUGUCUUCAUCCUGUCUGUUCUCUACACGGGUCCCGUGUCAAACAUGGAGCGUAAUGUGCGAGCAGCGGCGUUGUCUCUGAGCUGUAAUCUGGACCUGCAGGUCCAUCACAGCAGGUUACUGUGGAGAGACGCCGUCUCACCGUACACACACAUCCUGCAGGAGCUGCAGGAUGAUAAGGCGGAGUUUGAGUCGGACGCUGUGAACGUCAGCAGAAGGUUCCAGAUCAUCAGGGACGAAGUCGUCGCUCAGUACGGAUACAACCAAACAGGAAACAGCAGCCAGGAGCGCUUCACUACACAGACCAUGAUGCAAUGCGACAGGGUGGUCACCGAGGGCGUGAACCGCUGCUCUGAUUGGUUCCGAGGAAAGUGGGAGGAGUGUAUGGAGGUGAUCGCAGUGCCUGUCAUCAACCAUGUCUUUUGUGUCCCAAUGACCUUCCACUUCCUGUGUGAUGUCAUGAGAGUGAUGACUCCGUGGUGCAGGGAGCACGUCCCUGUGGAGGGAAACUUCGGUCAACUGUACGAUGAGCUUGACGUUUCCGUGGAGAUGUUGUCCAGAGAGUUCAGCACCGAGCUUGUGGUCCAGGAGCAGCAACAGCGGUCUGUGCUGAGUGGACCUGUGAUGGAUCAGGAGUUCACACAGACGGUCAGAGGAUCUCUGCAGAAGCUGAACGCUGUGAUGAAGGAGGUGCUGGAUGUUCUACAGCUGCUGCUGUCCUUCACCUUCAUCACCAUCUUCACCAGGGCGUUCAGUUAUGUCAGAUAUUACAGGAAAGACAUCCGAUUUGACAACGUCUACGUCACCAAAUACUUCAGACUGAUCGACGCCCGCAGGAAAAAAGCGGGGAAGCGCUGUGUGCUGCCGCUCACACGCUCAGGGAAGAAGAAGCUGAUUGAGCCGCGUAGUCUCAGGAUUCACCCUGACGAGUUUAAAGAAGUGGUGUCAGGUGUGUUACAGCUACUCUCUGUCUCUCUUCUGGGCGUCGUCCUCCUCAUCAUCGACUUCUCUCUAGUUCACACUCUGGACAUCGUCAGCAGACACACAAUCAGCCAGUUCAACGUGACCAGCAUUCGGAAGGUGGACAUCAAAGUGGGCGGGGACUCCAUGAUGGCCCGCCUCUUGAGGAAGACGGUCUCAGCCUUCAACAGUUCAUCCAUCCUCCACAUCCAGACGGACAACCAGGCCUGUGUGUCUCCUCCCUCAACGCUCUCAGCAGACGUCUAUGUUUACUGUGUGUGUUGUGUCCUGUUGGUGGCGCUCUUCACCCUCCUUCAGGUUUACACCAACCGUCUGAGACGAGUCAUCGCUGCCUUCUACCACCCACAGAGGGAGAAGAAGAGAGUACUGUUCCUCUACAACCUGCAGCUGCAGAGACACAUGUCCUCUGUGGACAGUGGACACAGGACCAGGACGGUGUUUCACAGUCUGACCACCUGGGGGUGUCGUCGCUGUCGCCAUGACAGGCGGGAGGCGGAGUCUGACUCUGAGACGCACUAUGACCCCAGUUAGACAGGAAGAGGAAGAGGCUAAGAGCUAAAGAAAGUCCAGCCAUUCAAAGAACCCGACUAAUCUAAACCUGGUGACCAUGUGAAGAAGCUCCGCCCACUACCAGAGACAAAUAAUCACUGACAUGUUUGUUUGUUGAACCCAUGAUUAAUGAGUGAGGAGAGUGUGAUGUGUGUGAUGUGUGUGACACCAGCAGAGGGAGCUGUAGAGUCACAGCUGAUCCUCUGUCACAUCUGUGAUUAGCUGCUAAGUGUCACAUGAUCACAUGAUCGCUCUGUUCACACCUGAAGAUUAGUGUCACGUUUCUGCAGAGGUGAGAGGUCACCUGAGGUCACACACACACACACACACACACAGAAUAGAAUGUGUGUGUGUGUGUGUUCUUUUAAUCUUGCAUCCAGUUUGAUUUCAAAAUAAA